AUGUCUGUGGUGACGUUGCUAUCGAUGGCCGCACGCGUCUGCCUAAUUGUGCUGAAGCUUUCUAAAUAUGCCACUAUCUAUCUAUCUAUCUAUCUAUCUAUCUAUCUAUCUAUCUAUUCAUCUCAAACACUAUCUAUUCCUCUCAAAUUCUAUCUAUCUAUCUAUCUAUCUAUCUAUCUAUCUAUCUAUCUAAUUUCUUUCUAUCUAUCUAUCUAUCUAUCUAUCUAUCUCUGCUUCUUUCUUUCGUUCGUUCUAUCUAGCUUUCUUUCUUUCUGUCUAUCGAUCUAUUUACCUGUCUGUCUCUUUUUCUCUAACAGACGUGGUGAUAACAUCUCUUUCUCUCUCUCUCUCUCUCUCUCUCUCUCUCUCUCUCUAUCUAUCUAUCUAUCUAUCUGUCUAUCUAUACAUCUUUCUUUCUUUCUGUCUAUCUAUCUAUCGAUCUAUUUACCUGUCUGUCUCUUUUUCUCGUAUAAGGAAUAA